AUGUCCCAAGAAACAGCAGCCUCAGCCUCGCGAAGAUCAACAGCACUCGAUAAUAAACCGAGGCUCUCCAAAACGCACGAACUCCUCACGUGCACCAUCAGAGCACCGCCCUUCUCAUACGUCCACCUGGAGCUCCUGACGAACCCCCCCGAGGCCGCCGUCGAGCUCGACAACCUCCAGGUCAAGUCGUACUGCACGGCUGCUCUGCGCCAGUUCCUUGGGCUGACGGGCACUGCGAUCCCGCUUGACGUGCUCAAGGUCGAGGCCGCCGAGUGCUGGAUCCGGGUUCCUCGAGAGGAUCUCGGGGCCUUUGCCGCCGCGCUUACGGCCUGGAAGGGCUCCAGCGACGGAGGCGUCGAGUUCCUCUUACGGGUCAAGCAGUGCUCUGACUGGCUUGGCGCAAUGGCUGGGAGCCACGGACAAGAUCAACUGUGGAACAAUUGA